AUGUAUCUCAUUCAACUCGCGAUUGAAUAUGCCGCGCCUAUCUUUCUCAUUUCCUCCCCCCUCACGUCCUACCUGGACCAGAUCCUUAGCAUUCAGCGGAAUAGGAGUUCGGUCGGAUUUUCGCUCGACAUUCCAUUGAUUAUGCUUGUCGCUUCGAUCUUGAAGGUCUUUUACUGGUUUGGCGAAUACUACUCGAAGGCCUUGCUGGCUCAGGCUAUGAUCAUGAUUUUGGUGCAGAUGGCCCUACUCAAGGUUGCUUUGGACAACCGGCCCGGCGUUGGCGCGAAAAAUGGUAUCGAGCAUACACCCUUUACCAGUGGUGGCUCCGAUGGUGGAUUCAACCGGCCGUAUGAUUUCUGGCAGUGGAGGAACACCAAGCCGUAUUGGCUCUUCCUCGCCUACUUCGUGGCCAUCUUGACCGUCUUCCACCUCACUCCUAUCUCCGAGUCUGCGACCUAUAUCAGCAUCCUGGGCGCUAUCGGUCUUGCCGUCGAGGCCAUUCUCCCGAUCCCCCAAGUCCUCGCCAACCACCGCUCUGGCUCUUGCAAGGGAUUCCGGGUGUCCGUUCUAGCCUCUUGGAUCUUGGGUGACACCAUGAAGAUGAGCUACUUCUUCUGUAGCACGGAGGUCAUUCCCUGGGCGUUCAAGAUGUGCGGUAUGUUCCAGUGCGUGUGCGACCUGUACCUGGGCUUCCAGUACUGGAGGUUUACGCGCGCAUCCGGCCGGGCUGCUGGCAGCUCUUUGGAGCAAGACAGCCGGUGGGGACAGGGAGAGAAGGACAUCCGCAUGAACUGA